UCUUUUUGGUACAGAAAAACGCAUUAGCUUUGUUCCACUGGUUCUCCAAAACGCACCGUUAUGAACACACUCUUGAAUCUUACUCCAUAGUCAUCAACCUCGUACUCCAAGCCGACGCUAAAGCAUUACUCCAAUCCCUCGCUAAUCCAAUUCGGUUCUCUCAUUCGUUUCUUCCAAUUCUAGGGUUUUCACUUCUCUACCAUCAUCACCAUGGCAGGUACACACCUCCUCUCUCACACUUGUUCCCUUCCCAAAACCCAAAACCACUCUUUCACCAAAACCCCUCUACCUCAAAACCUUCUCUUCCCUCUCAAAUCCAAACCCACCCUUCUCAGAGCAGUUCUAUCUCAAAACACAACCAAAACCCCAUUACAAGACACUCAUUUUCACCAUUGUUUCAGCAAGUCCGAAGAUGGGUAUCUGUAUUGUGAGGGUCUUAAGGUGGACCAGAUUAUGGAAUCUGUUGAAAAAAGACCUUUUUAUUUGUAUUCUAAACCCCAAAUUACUAGAAAUGUUGAAGCUUAUAAGACUGCAUUGGAAGGGUUAACGUCUAUUAUUGGUUAUGCUAUUAAGGCCAAUAACAAUUACAAGAUUUUGGAGCAUUUGAACAACUUGGGUUGUGGUGCUGUGCUUGUUAGUGGAAAUGAGCUUAAACUCGCUCUUCGUGCUGGAUUUGAUCCCACAAGGUGUAUCUUUAAUGGAAAUGGGAAAAUCUUGGAGGAUUUGGUCUUGGCUGCUGAAGCAGGCGUGUUUGUCAACAUUGACAGUGAGUUUGACUUGGAAAACAUUGUGGCAGCUGCAAGAAUUGCUGGAAAGAGGGUGAAUGUUUUACUUCGGAUUAAUCCGGAUGUUGAUCCACAGGUCCAUCCUUAUGUUGCCACUGGGAAUAAGAACUCUAAAUUUGGCAUUAGAAAUGAGAAGCUGCAGUGGUUUUUAGAUGCUGUCAAGGAGCACCCUUCUGAAGUAAAGCUUGUAGGGGCCCACUGUCACCUUGGAUCAACCAUUACCAAGGUAGAUAUUUUCAGGGAUGCAGCCGCUAUUAUGGUCAACUACAUUGACGAAAUCCGAGCUCAGGGUUUUGAAGUUGAUUAUUUAAAUAUUGGUGGUGGACUUGGGAUAGAUUAUUAUCAUGCCGGUGCUGUCCUUCCUAAGCCCAGAGAUUUAAUCGAUACUGUGCGGGAGCUUGUUCUUUCCCGUGGUCUUAAGCUCAUCAUUGAACCGGGGAGAUCACUUAUAGCAAAUACCUGUUGCUUGGUUAACCGGGUGACAGGUGUCAAAACCAAUGGCUCUAAAAACUUUAUUGUGAUUGACGGAAGUAUGGCUGAACUUAUCCGCCCAAGUCUUUAUGACGCUUAUCAGCAUAUAGAACUGGUUUCCCCUGCCCCAGCAAAUGCCGAGAUAGCUACUUUUGACGUGGUCGGCCCUGUUUGUGAGUCUGCCGAUUUCUUAGGAAAAGGAAGAGAACUUCCAACUCCUGCCAAGGGUACUGGUCUGGUUGUUCAUGAUGCUGGUGCUUAUUGCAUGAGUAUGGCAUCUACUUACAAUCUAAAGAUGCGUCCUCCGGAGUAUUGGGUUGAAGAUGAUGGAUCAUUGAGCAAAAUCAGACACGGUGAAACAUUCGAAGACCAUAUCCGGUUCUUUGAGGGGCUUUAAACUGAUUUAAAUUAUCCGAGGCUUGUGAGGUUAGGAUCUUUCCUUGUUCAAGAAUGUGGUCUUUUGGUUUUGAUUCUAAUGUACACUCUUGAACAAGAAUGUGGUCUUUUGGUUUUGAUCAUCAUAGUCCACCAUUGGUCAUUGCACCCAGUUACUCGCACCGAUGACUAUCACUUGGAUUAUCACUAAUUAUCAUCCAUAUCACCACCAAGAACCACUUUAACCACACUUGAUUGUUGAAAUAACAAUUUGAAAACAACACUUUUUAAUUUGAUUUUGAUAAUAAUACAAUAUAAGAGAAUAAUUUUAUAAUCUAAUGUUUGUUACAUGUGUA